UAGGCUCAAAUCUUUCCACUAAUAGCAAAUCAUAGCAAAUCCUGCUCCAAACUCGUUUACAAGAACGAACUGACACAUUCAAGAAAAUGGAGCUUGUGGUCCUCCUUCACCUUUUUCACCUUUUCCGUACACUUUCUUCACCUUCAUUACCCCAUGUUCCACCCCUUUGUUUCACCAUUCUGCACCACCACCACCACCUUCUCCUCCUUGUAACCUUCCACCCUUUCACAAUGGAGACUAAGAGCUUCAUCGAUGGGAAGCGAACUUUCAUUGAAGACGAUAUCGACGAUGAGUACUUAGAUGACGAAGAGGGAGGUGGUGAAAUGAUAAGCUUUGCAGAGAAUGAGAAAAAGAGAGCAGCAGGUGCUCCUCUCACAGGGAAAAGAGGGUCUAUUGCAGGUUCCGGCGGCGGGGUGUCGCCGCCGCGUUGCCAGGCGGAGAAGUGUGCAGCUGAUUUGACUGAUGCAAAGCGGUACCACCGCCGUCAUAAGGUGUGUGAAUUUCAUUCAAAGGCGGCCGCCGUGGUCGUUGCAGGGCAGCGGCAACGGUUUUGUCAGCAAUGCAGCAGGUUCCAUGAGCUAUCCGAGUUUGACGAAGCGAAACGAAGCUGCCGCAGACGCUUGGCUGGACAUAAUGAGCGGCGCCGAAAGGUCGGGUCAGCAGAAUCUAGUGGAGAAGUUUCAGGCCGCAGAGGGGUUAGGCAAGCUGAUGAUCAAAGAGGCAGAAUUCAUGUAACAAUCCCAGGGAAUUCUGGUUACAAUAAGCAUCUCCAGAUCAGAUAAGAUCAAUGGCUAUCUGCUCUCUGGCGCGCUCCCUCUCUUCUGUCAUCCUUAUAUGCCCUGCUAAUGAUAUAGAUAGUUUCCUUGUGUCUGCCUAGAAGACCAUCAAUAACCACCUCCUUGGCCAUUUGCUUUAGUUGUCUGCCUAUGUUGUUGUUGUUUACGAACUGGUUUUCUGCAAACUAUAUAUCCUAUGCAGAAUAUGCCUUUAAACCUUUGUAUUUGUUUUCAAGGACAUGGUCUCUACACAGACCACCUUUCUAUUUGAUGAGUGAGAGAAUUUACUAUUUGAUGCUUUGA